AUGCGCUCUCUUCUUCUUCUCAUUCUUCUCCCCGUUGCCACGUCAUCACUCCGUCUCUGUUUCGACAAAUCCCCAAACCGAUCUCUCUUCGCCCGUCCGCUCCUUUCGCUUCGGAACUUGAGCCUCGAGAAAUGCUUCAGUGCGUGCCUGGAAAUGCCGCGCGAAACUUGCAAGUGAGUGGCUCCCCAGGUGCUUCCGCACUCACAUCAGCACCUUUCAGAUCGGUCACAUACACCCGACAGACAUCGGUUUGUCAGCUGAACGCAAAGUCGAAGAAGGAAGUGAAAAUAGUGAAGAACCCGAUGUCGGACUUCUAUCACAGACACUGUUUCGAUAAGCCGAGUGUGGCCAUCCGAAGAGAUACGGUAGCGACGGACUCUGCGGGAUGCUUCUCUUCCACCCCGGGCAAAGUCCUGAUCGGCAUCGUCGACCAGCUGGUUCGUGACGUGGCAACUGUGUCCGACUGCCAAGGACACUGUGCGAACAGCCAGACGAAGUACGACAUCACGUGCAAGAGUGCGAUGUACUACGAGAAAGACAAAGAGUGCAUUCUGGCGUCGCAGUCGAAAGCAGACAUUCCGGAUCUGUUCAUUGACGACGAUAAGUCUCUGUACUUGGAGAACGGCUGCCUGGAAAAGAGCGACAAGUCAGUGGUGGUGAAGACUUCCGACGUCUUCAAAGGAUCGUCUAAAUUCACGGAGAAUGAUUCAUCGAAAGUCGACGAAGAGCUGGAACCUCUGAAGACAGAGAAGACCACCCUGGCAACCAUUCUCUCCUCAGCCCUCCCAGAUAUCAAGGUGGAAUUAUCUGGAUACGAAGGACCGUCCGACUCGGUAAGCAAUCUUAACCGCGAAGAUCUGUUGACGACGAGACCGACGACCACAACGACGACGACGACGACGACGACUACAACCACUCCGAAACCGAUCGCUCCCAAGGUGAUCGACAACUACAAUGUGGUGAACACCCCGAAAACAGAAUACGGAAGACGAUUGAGGGACACACGAGUCAAGUCUUGCUUCAAGUACGCUUCUGUUUUUCAGAUCAGAUCCAUGAUUCAUUGUGAUUGUAGGGAAGUGAGACCGAUCGGAAAGAUGGAGGCGUUGAGGGUGGUGAAAGCUUAUUCUCUGGAGCAGUGCACGGACAUGUGCAGACUGUGCACAAAGUGUUUGGUCAAGCAGAAGAAGUGUCAGGCGGUGGCAUUCGAUAUGUGAGUACGGUAGUCCAAAGAUCCGCUCAGAUUGUGCAGUGAGGCUUGUGCUCCCCCCGCAUUCCUCUGAAUGACCUCAUAAGCGAGUACAUUCCAUUAUCCGCUUCAUCUCUUUCAUUUCAGUUCUCGCGAGCUGUGCGCUCUCGCCACGAAGCGGCUCACCGACGGCGGCUCGUUCAAGGAUGACAUCAUCUACCACAACCGAAUGGAUUGUUGA